GUUUGUUUGCGCACAAUGGCCAGAGUAUAAAAGGAAGUUGUUCGGCGGAAUUUUCUAAGUAUCAGAAACUGCACAGUAAGCCACUGGCUGUAAUCAAGUAAAACAGAUUCGAGAAAAGUUAUAAAAAUUAUUAUAUUUCGGGAAACAUUGAUAAUCGCGUGCAAAGAUGUUUGUAACUUCGGAUCUCUCUCAAGCAAAUGUUGUUCCUGACCCGACAAUUUACGCACAGGAAGCCUUGAGCAUCGACUCGGUUGAAGAACAAUCUCUAUUCGAUCCAUACGACAAUCAAAAAGUUCCAACUGGCAAGCCAAUGAAAUCGGAUCCAUGGGGGCCCAGAAAGCGCUCCCUCGACCCCGACUUCGAUGAUUUCCACACUGCCCCAAAGAAGCCGACGUUUUAUGAACCCCUAGAUGAGAAGCCCCUUCUACAAGAGUACGAGGAGCCCGAAAAACGAGUGAUUGUUCCAGCAGAUCCGAACUGCUGGACAAAAGACCAUGUAAAACAGUGGGUGAACUGGGCCAUAAAGGAGUUUAGCUUGAAAGAUGUUGAUGUUAACAAGUUUUGCAUGACUGGAAGGGAAUUGUGCCGUCUGACCAGAGAUGAGUUUUUGAAACUAGCACCAGCAUAUAAUGGAGACAUUUUAAUGGCACAUCUUUGCGUCCUGAGGAAAGCUCCUUUGCCAAACCUGACAACAGAUGACAUUGACAGUGCCCUAGCGCCUCCAAUGAACCAACAGUGCCCAAGUCGUUCUGGAUCUCCCAGAUCGACGCCAGCAGAAGAUAAACGCCCAGGUUCGACUGUAGGCAAUGUUUCCCGAAGCGUCCCCGUAGCUCGUAGCGAUGGCAGUGAAUAUUUGACAAGUUGUGCAUUCCAAUCGAGCAAUGACUACAGUUGUCGAGAACGAGACUCUGUCGUUCCCAGCAAACCACAAUGCGAGGGCUCCGUGAAUUCAUCAGGAGAAUAUUCUACCUGCUCGACCCCAAGCAAGCCAACUUCGUUUACAUGCUCAACACCACUCGCCGGUUCCAUACCUUCACCAAACAACCCAACCGGCAGCGGACAAAUCCAACUGUGGCAGUUUCUGUUAGAACUGCUUUCUGAUCCCAACAACAGCUCUUGCAUCGCGUGGGAAGGCAACAAUGGCGAAUUCAAACUGGUGGAUCCAGAUGAGGUCGCAAGACGUUGGGGUGAACGCAAGAACAAGCCAAACAUGAACUACGACAAACUUAGCAGGGCGCUUCGUUACUAUUACGACAAAAACAUAAUGACAAAAAUCCACGGCAAACGCUACGCAUACAAAUUCGACUUUCAAGGACUCGCUCAGCUUAACCAGCCAAUUACUUCAGACGCUCAACUCCACGCGGCCCAAGCUGCUGCUUACAGAGCCGAAUUCCCGUUCUACAGUGCAUACCCAGGGUCAUCGUACGUUUAUGCUGGUGCACCAGUGCCCGGAUCGGCACAGUGCUACUUCGGAAUGCCCCCAAGUCCAUAUGGUGCGUCAUGGGGUCGCGGUUCCUCAGGGUACGUUGGAGGACCAUAUCGAAGCCAAAUUAGUUCUUCUCUGCCGUACUUUUAAUCAAUUCUGUGGAAAAUUAUUUAACACAAAGAGAUAACUGAAGCUCCGGUGUUCGGAAACGCAUGGGUUUUCUGCGUCACACUAACUACAAGAAUCUGAGAAAGAAACAUUUCUAAUUGAAAGAGAAUUUUAAGACAUUAUUUUAAGACAAUUUGUUGACUUGCAGUCCUUUGUCGAAAUUCGGAACGUAAAGUGUAAAUAAAAUGUUAGGUUAUUUGAAAUUGUUCUGUUCUGUAAAACGUUCUUUGUCCUUUAAUAGGGCUGAAUUUAUAUCGAUUUUGUACACAGCUUUCCUCACAAUUGUAUUGACAGUUCAUUGGUUCAUAGGCCCCAAUGCCGUCAUUGAAACGAUUUAAGCCUUUUCUGUUUUCUUUUACGAUGAAGAUAAUAGAGGAAACCCAAAAAUUAAAUAUCUUGUUACUGAUAUCUCAUGCCUUUCAUUUUGGAUGUUGAUUUUUAGAUUGUCAAUAGAAUUGUAAGGAAAGCCGACAAAAUCUCCCUUACAAUGUAAGGACCUCGUAUUGAUGUUGUGAAUUCUGUUACGGACCAUGCGCCCUUUGGCGUUCGCUUUUCAAGGUAGUUUUAUAAGACUCUUCAGCGCUAUUUUGAUAAAUUUUUAUAAGGAAUUGAAAUAUUUGUAUUUGUACCAGAGAUUAUUUGUACAUGAAGCUGCCCUAAUUUAUAUUUGUAUACCAAGUUCAAAUUAAUUAUGUCAAAGGGGUAAGAAAAAGUUAUUUAACAUAUAUUUUUGUAUGCUUUA